CGCGGCGCGCAACGCGACCACGCCACCCGUGUUGUUCCGCGUCGCUCCGAUUCACGCGCGCGAUACGACCUCGCAAAACCGCCACCGGUUCACGUGCCAGUGCCAAAAAUUAAAAAAGUGCCCGCACAACUCACCCCAAAGUGCUUUCAGUGUAGUGACCCAAUAGUACAACAAAAUAACAUAGGUACUUGUGGUACGUGAAAUAUCAUAUUCGCUUCGAGAAACCGUCGCGGCCCAUCUGUUCAAAUACGGUUGAUUUGUUUAAGUUUCCUAUUGAUGGAUUGGAAGGUUCGACGACAUCUUACAUGGUGUUUGAUGUGCUAAGGAAUUCGUUUCACGUAUGUAGAAAACAAACAGAAGUUUGGAAAACAAAGGAUACCCGAGGAGCUUUGGAGUGGUACUGCUUGCUUAGGUGCUCGUGGUGACAGGUGGAACGGAGUCUAUAACGCUGUCGACACAUAGAAAUAUUUGUUGGGCGAGAGAUUCAAGUGCUGUGAUAGUUAUGGAGUAGAGGUGAAACAACAUGAGGGCGCAGCACUCGACGUGGCGUUGAGAUGCGAUCGAAGCAGCAGCCGAGACCUUCCUAUCGCUGGCUCAACACUAACGAAAACGAAGAAGCAACAAGCCCCGAAGGCGGAGUGAAGGAGCGAAGCAGCUUGGAGCGCGGGGAGCGCGAGGGGGGCGACUCUCCCGCGUCCCCCGCAUCCCGCGCGUCUCCGGCGCCAGACGAGCGUGAUGACAUCGAACACAGUAUACCAGCUACGCUGAUUCAGGACCCUAAUGCUGAAAGGGAGAGCCCGAGAUGUCUGUCACGGGAGUCGUCGGGUGCGCCGCGCUGUCCUUCCAAUGACUCGGUGUACUCGGGCCGCAGCGGGCCGGCGCUGCCCCUCCCUGCAGCGCUGACGGCCGCCCUCCCCGCUGCCCUGCCCGCCGCUUUGUUGCCUCCGCACUCUGCAGCCGUGGCAGCUUACCUCGGUGCCGCCGCAGCUGCUGCCGCGCAACAACGACUCCUCAUGUCCUGCCAGGAAGACAUGACUGACUCCGAACGAGCGGACGCCGUACUAGACUUCAGCACAAAACGCAGCGACUCUCCACAUGACGACGAGGAUGUCGACGAUGCCGUUAAUCUAAGUAAGAAUGAAAAUGGCCCCCUCGAUCUUUCAGUUGGUACGAGAAAAAGAGGACCGGAAGAUUCACCGUCUCCGGUUCCGAGUAGAAAGAGUUCAAGGUCUUCAGAUUUUAAACCUUCGCCAUCACCUUGGACUAAUCCUGUUGCACCACACUUGCCAUAUUUCGCAGCCGCUGUAGCAGCUAGUUUAUCUCCAAAAAAUGCCGUUCCUUCCGAUUGGAACGGAAAGCUUAAACAUGGUGGCCCUACUCCAAGCGAUGCUACAAAGGCGCUCGAGAAAAUGAGCGAAUUAAGUCGAUUGGGCGGUGAAGAACUUUUCCGUUCCGUACAAAGUGCAGCGUUAGGCGCAGGUCUCGCUCCAAACGCAGCAGCUCGCCACUCGGCUUGGCAAUCACACUGGCUCAACAAAGGCGCCGACCAAACAAAAGAUGUAUUGAAAUGCGUUUGGUGCAAGAAAAGCUUUAAUUCUCUUGCUGAUUUGACUGUACACAUGAAAGAAGCUAAACACUGUGGAGUCAAUGUACCUGUACCUCCAGUAACAGGAGCUCCAAUACCACCUUCUCUUCAGCCGCCUUCUAGUUCGCCAUCAACUCCAUCACAUAAUUCUUCAUCCUCUAGUAGCUCCUCGAAACCUCACCAGAGCGAUCUUAAUAUGCUAAUUAAGGAGAAUAUGCCAAUCCCUCGGAAGUUAGUUCGUGGGCAGGAUGUCUGGUUAGGUAAAGGCGCAGAACAGACUAGGCAAAUACUGAAAUGUAUGUGGUGCGCUGAAAGCUUCCGAUCUCUCGCUGAGAUGACUAGCCACAUGCAGCGAACUCAGCAUUAUACGAAUAUUAUAUCACAAGAGCAGAUCAUUUCGUGGAAAACCGCCGAUGAAACUAAGGGCUCUAAUUCUAGUACUCCAGGUGCUACUAACUCUGCGCCACCCACGACCGGCACAAGCAGUCAUGUCAGCGCAGUUCUAACUUGUAAGGUUUGUGACCAAGCAUUUAGUUCCUUGAAAGAGUUGAGUAAUCAUAUGGUUAAAAAUUCCCAUUACAAAGAACAUAUUAUGAGAUCCAUUACGGAAAGCGGUGGUAGGAGACGUCCAACUCGCGAAAAAAGAAAGAAAUCUUUACCGGUUAGGAAAUUACUCGAACUAGAGAGAGCACAGCACGAGUUCAAAAACGGCGAAGGUAAUGGGGUUCCCAUGGGGAAACCGAUUAGGGACUUCGGUGCUGGUAGUCGGAUCACUUGCGAGAAAUGCGGGGACAAAAUAGAGACUGCAGUAUUCGUUGAGCACAUACGUCAAUGCAUAGGCGGGCCUAUGUCGAAUAGCCAAAGGAAUUUUUUGAAGAGCGCUCUUCUUUCAAAUAACAUUAUUCCUCCUGAAGUACCUGGGCAUGUCACUCCUACUAGCCGGGACGGUCGUAAAAGUAUCAACGAGGAACUGCCUUCACCCGGCUCGGCCCAUCGCUCGCCUUCCUCCGUGAAUGAUUCAUCACCGAGUUCCAAAGAUCCCAAUGCGAGUAACGAUGCUAAGAGUUCGUCACCUUCCGUUCUCAACGCUAUAGAGCAGUUGAUUGAAAAAAGUUUUGAUACUAGGUCACGUCACCCUGUAGCAGGCAUGCCAGGUGGAGCAUCUCACGCUCCGCUCGGUUCUAGCAUUUUGAAGCGGUUAGGCAUAGACGAGAGUGUAGACUAUACUAAGCCAUUAGUAGACCCUCAAACCAUGAGCAUGUUACGGUAUCAUCAGCAGCAGGGGUAUGGUCGCCGUGAACGUAGCGGUAGCGAAUCUAGCUCAAUGUCUGAAAGGGGAGGAAGUAGAGUUGAAUCUUUAACUCCCGAUAGGAAGUUAGACUCGUAUCACAUGACUCCGCGAACCACUCCCGAUACGCGUGGCUCCCAUACGCCUGCUUCUGAUGACCGUCACACUGAAGUGCGGAUAAAGAAAGAAGCUCCCGAAGACGAUGAUCGCGAGAAUGGGGUAGAUUUGAGUAGUCAGCCUGUAAGGGUCAAAACUGAAGUAGAUGAAGAGGAUGAACCUCAUCGACCAAACAGUACUGCCGAGGAAGACACUAAGCCAGCCGUUCCUAAACGUGAGAGUGAAGGUCCAAGCCCCGCUGCUAGUCCACGUAGCCCCGCUAGCGACCGUUCCGGCCACACGCCCGUCGCUGAUAGGAAGCCUACUUCGAGCUUAGGUGCACUAUCCUCCAUGUUCGAUAAUUUGGCCGGUGGUGGCUCUUCCGGUGAGCCUAGUUCUUCGCGUCGCGCUGGUAGUCACCCUUUAGCUGCUUUGCAGAAACUUUGCGAUAAAACUGAGACGAAUCCAUCCCGCGCUCCCGCCCCGGCCCCUUCACCCGCCGGUCCCCCGAGCAUUUUAACUUUCAGCUGGGCUUGUAACGAUGCCGUCGUCACUGACUCUAUUAUGAAGUGUGCACUUUGCGAUACUCCGUUCAUAUCUAAGGGCGCCUAUAGACAUCAUUUGUCAAAGAUGCAUUUCGUUAAGGACGGUGCGCUGCCGGAUCCGGUUCCGAUGAAGGCGCCGCCGCCGGCUGCCUCCCCGGGCACUCACAAGAGCGGUGGUUCAAACGCAGCGUCCCCUCAGGACCCCCGGAGCCCUUCGCAGUCCUUCGACGAGAGCCCGCACUCCAAGUUCCUCAAGUACACCGAACUUGCGAAGCAGCUCUCCAGCAAAUACGUGUAGACUGUACAUAGGGUCGGUGAGGCCAUCAGUUGUGAUGAUACCAUAUCCUGCUACAUUAAACCUUGCUAGGGUUAGGUCGCGCACGCGACGUUAAGUAUUUCGAAACUCUUUGCCAAUUUAAUUAUUUAGGUAAUUAUUGUUAGAGUUCACCGCAUAGUUCGGUUAGUGUAAUUAACGACUAGCGACUUAAGUAUACGCCAAACGUUUUACGUUCGUUAGAAGUAAGAGAAUAUUUUCAAAAUAUUGCCUUUAGGUGAAGUUGAUUGGUUGUUGUGCGGCGCGCGGCCGUGGCUUAUCUUCCACACUACAUUGUAAUUCCAUUUCGAUAAUUGUAAAUAUAAGUCACAUUAAGUCAUAAAAUGUUCGAUUCGAUCUCUUGUAAAUGUAUAUUUUUUGCUAAUAAUCUACGCUCGCUCGUAUGUGAUUGGCGUCGAGCACGCGACUCGGUCGGGUCGCCCGCAGUACCCGUGGAAUUCGUUGCAAUAUCAUUUGUGUUACUUAAUCUUGUUUUGUGUAAAUCAGAGUUAGGGUUAAUUUGGUUUCUUAGUUUAUUUCUAUGUAUAUUUUGAAUGUAUUCUUCUUGUUUUCUCGUGACAUAAAGAUCCGUCGCCUGUAAUCUCGGAGAUCCAAUCUCAUUGAAUCAGUUCUUGUACAUACAGUUGGAUUUAAAUGCAAUAUUAUACAAUCUCCUUAGUGUAAAUUCGCUCUAGGUACGCUCUCCUCUCUGAGGAUGCUAUUUAUUAUUUAGUAAUAAGUACAUUAAUAUUAGGAGACAUAACGUCUGUGAAACCUUGUAUACCAUUCAGCGCUAUAGGUUGGAGGUCAACCGUGUAUUUAAAUAAAGUGAUACGUUAUACAUUUUUUCUUUGAAAAGGAUCGACUACAUUCGUAUACGUUUAGGACUUCAAGAUUUGAAUGAAAUAUCUUCCAUUUGCAACAUCAGAUAUACGACGAUGUAUAUACGGUACUUGCGAGUGAAAACCCCUUUUAUAUUUAAUAAAAAUAUUGUAAACUGUUUAAUAAGUAAGUUUCAGACGAUAUCAACAAUUUCGUAAUGUAUAUUCUUAGUACAUUUGGUUCACUGUAUACGGAUAUAUGUAUAUGUGCCUAUAUUUUUGUACACUAUACCAUAGUUUAUUAAGAAUGGUAUGGUAACUUCAUACAAACAGCAGGGCGGCUUGUAUAUGUGCGCGCCCACCGCGUGCCGUGUACGGACGCACAUAUUCGCUUAAUUCGCGAUGCACUCGCGCUUCACAUUAUUAUAGUGCGCGUGCGCUAUUUGUAUGGAGUAACUAUAUUUUACAGUUUUAAUGUGUACACAUCUUUUGUUAUACAUUAAAACUGCUCUUUCAUACGACCGAAGGUAUACGUUUUGUAAAACUAAAUUUUAAUAUUAAUUUUGUCCUUGUAACAUUCAGGAUUUUACAAAAAAGGUUUAGCUGAACUUCACGAACAUAAUCCACCCUAUAGUUUUAAAAAUACAUGUGUUUAAACUUACUUCAAAUUUAACAAAGUUUUUUCUGGAGUUACUAACCGUUUUGUAAUGUCCUCGGCCAGUGUACUAAGAAUACAUGUAUUAAUGCUAAUAAAAAAUCAAAAUUUUAAAUCAAUAACUAUCAUUUUAACUAUAAUGAAAAACAUACGACAAAUAUUAUGUAUACGCCCAGCUCUGACGAGAAAAUUUUUGCUCAUUCUUGAAAAAUUAAAAAAAAAAUGGUGUUAAAAUAUUGAUUUUACCAAAUUUAAUAAUCUUAUUUAAUAUUUUAUGUUGUAUUUCAAAAUGCAAUUAAAAGCUCAAAGAAAUAUAU